UAUAUAUUAAAUAUAAAAACAAUUUAUCAAUGCAAUAUGGCAAACCAUAGUUGACUAAUGAAUAUGUAAUGUAACAUCAAAAUAGAAAUUUCGCGAGACAAAUGCAAUUGUUUAAAUAAAUAACCUUAAAAAAUAUAUAUUUUAAAAAAUGAAUACCAUCUAUCUCUUCGAACGCUUGAAAGCAACUGCUACAGACGUUUGCUGCAAUUGCCUAUUAUAUACAUACUUUUUAGUUGAGUUAUAUUUCACGCAAAUUUAAAGUUGCCUCAAUUUUAUGAUCGACUUCUUAUAGUAAAUAAAAUUUUUCAAUCAUAAAAUUAUUAGAUGUAGUAAUACAUAUUUAUGUAUUCAAUUAACUUCUUUCAAAUAUAUACUGAUCGAACAAAAACACUUUAUAGAACAAAGAAUCUAGCGAUUAAGUGAAAUGACUGGAGAAAGUCAUUGCAUGUAUUUUGUGAAGAGAAAAAAACGUUAUUGCCGUAUGGUAGUGAAGGAAGGAAAGAAGUAUUGCGGCGAACAUCAACCAGUUUCAUUAGAAUUUAAUCAUUCUGAUAAAGAAGGAUCUGAAAAUAAACGAAUAAAAUGUCCACUUGAUCCGACACAUACAUGUUAUGAGUCUAAGCUAACUAAACAUUUGAAAGUAUGCAAUGCAAAACGCUUGAUUGAUGCACAACCAUCAUUUAUCGUAAAAGGAAUUAAUGCUAAUAAAACUUACGAAGCACCACGACACAUACCGCUCUCUGAAUUAAAUGACCUUAUAAUAAAUACAGUUAUAGACAAAGUAAAAACUGUUUACGAAAAGUUACCCCAAUUUCAUAAAAUAGUAUUGGAACAUCCAAUACUUAAAGAUAAAAUAAAUAAUAAUUCUUGUGGAAAAACUAUUAAAAAACAUCUCUUACAAAAUUCAUCAUUAUUAUCACACUUGGAACGUGUAAAUCUUAUAAAAGACAAUACAUGCUUCAUUGAAUUUGGAGCAGGAAAGGGUAAACUAACUUAUUGGUUGGGCCAAAUAGUGAAGCAUAAAAAAGACUGUUGUAUUUUAUUAGUAGACCGUUCAAGUCACAGACAUAAGAGUGAUAAUAAAUUGAAAAAUGAACAAUCUUCUCUCUUAAUAGAAAGAAUACGUGCUGACAUUGCUGACUUGAAACUGAAUGAUAUAACAGGAAUUAAGAAAUUUGAACGUAAAGUUGGUAUUGCAAAACAUUUGUGUGGAGCAGCUACAGAUUUAACUCUAAGUUGCUUAGUUCAAGCAAUGCAAAAUGAACCUAAAUGCAAUGUCACUGGUAUAAUCAUUGCAUUUUGUUGCCAUCACAGAUGUGAAUAUGCAUCAUAUGUUGGGAAAGAGUAUUUAGAACAGUCUGGAUUUACAGCAAAUGAAUUUACAAUUUUAUGUAGCAUUGCUAGCUGGGCAACUUGUGGCUCUGAUCUAAACAAGACAAUUAAUACUCCAGAAAUUCAAAAUGAUUCAGGAGAGACAAGAACAAACAUAAAAACUUUAACCUCGAGUGAAAAAGAACAAAUCGGCCGAAAAGUAAAUUCAUUAUUGAAUUGGGGUCGCUUGGAGUACUUAAAAAAAGUUGGAUUUCAAACUAAUCUAAUUUAUUAUACCACUACCGAUGUAUCACUAGAAAAUAUGUGUAUUGUGGCUACAAAAGAUGAAAUAUAAUAGAGAAUUAAUAUAAACAAGUAACAUGAAAUAAAUGGCUUAACUUUAAUUUAAAUAAACUUUUAUUAUAACAAAA